AUGGAAUCUUGCUGUGUGGCCAUGAAAGCUAAAGUGCAACCAAUGCAAACCAAUAAGGGUUUUAGCCAGGAGGGAAAUGGAUUUUGGGGGGAGAAAAUCAGAGGGAGUUUGAAAAAUAAUGCUUUUCGAAAACUGGUUUCGCAGAAUUUAAGAAGUGAAAACAGGGGAAAAGAUUUCAAGCCUGGAGUUGCAUUUUCGGUUUUGACACGCGAUAUCAACAAAGAAUUGGUGGCAUUUGAAGCACCAUUAUUUGAUGAUCCUCGAAAGGCAGAUCCUAAAAGUGUGGCUUCAAUAAUUCUUGGUGGGGGUGCUGGGACUCGGCUCUUUCCUCUUACCAGCAAGAGAGCUAAACCUGCUGUUCCUAUUGGAGGUUGUUACAGGCUAAUUGAUGUACCCAUGAGUAACUGCAUCAACAGUGGGAUACGGAAUAUUUUCAUAUUAACUCAAUUCAACUCUUUCUCCCUUAAUCGCCACCUUGCUCGCACGUAUAACUUUGGAAAUGGUGUGAAUUUUGGGGAUGGAUUUGUGGAGGUUCUAGCUGCCACUCAGACACCAGGGGAAGCAGGUAAGAAGUGGUUUCAAGGAACAGCAGAUGCUGUGAGGCAAUUUAUAUGGGUGUUUGAGGAUGCUAAAAAUAAAAAUGUUGAAAACAUUCUUAUCUUGUCUGGUGACCAUCUUUACCGAAUGGACUAUAUGGACUUUGUUCAGAGACAUAUUGACACAAAUGCUGACAUUACGGUUUCAUGUGUACCCAUGGAUGAUAGCCGAGCCUCAGACUAUGGAUUGAUGAAAAUCGAUGAAUCUGGGCGUAUCAUUCAAUUUGCUGAGAAACCAAAGGGCUCUGCUCUGAGAGCAAUGCAAGUCGAUACCUCUGUUCUGGGACUUCCUGAACAAGAGGCUCCAAGAUAUCCUUAUAUUGCAUCAAUGGGAGUUUAUGUGUUCAAAACGGACGUCCUACUAAAGCUUCUACAGUUGAAGUAUCCUUCAUGCAACGACUUUGGCUCAGAGAUCAUUCCUUCAGCUGUGAAAGACCACAAUGUUCAAGCAUAUCUAUUUAGCGACUACUGGGAGGAUAUUGGAACAAUAAAGUCUUUCUUUGAUUCCAACUUGGCACUCACGGAGCAGCCUCCAAAGUUUGAUUUCAAUGACCCGAAGACCCCUUUCUAUACAUCUCCAAGAUUCUUACCCCCUACUAAAGUUGAAAAAAGUCGGAUAGUUGAUGCCAUAAUUUCACAUGGUUGCUUCUUGCAAGAAUGUAGCGUGCAGCACUCUAUAGUGGGCAUAAGGUCGCGCUUGGACUAUGGUGUUGAGCUUGAGGAUACCAUGAUGAUGGGUGCAGAUUAUUAUCAAACAGAAUCUGAAAUCGCGUCUCUUCUAGCGGCAGGAAAGGUUCCAAUUGGCGUGGGACGCAAUACCAAAAUAAGAAAUUGCAUUAUCGACAAGAAUGCAAAGAUUGGAAAAGACGUCGUCAUUGCAAAUAAAGAUGGUGUCGAAGAAGCAGAUAGGUGCGAUGAAGGUUUCUACAUUAGGUCGGGAAUCACUGUCAUAUUGAAGAAUGCAACGGUUAAAGAUGGAACGAGUAUAUAA